AUGACUUCUUACACUUACAAACCGGUGACUACGUCCCAGAUCCGCCUCGUCACCGUCACUCAGCCUACCCAAGACGGCCCACUCGAGGCGAGCCUUGAGCAUGUCGAGCUGAAUCCCGAAGACCCUAUCAAAUACACGGCACUUUCAUACUGCUGGGGGGAUCCUAGCAAUCUUGUCGAAUUACCGUGUGAUGGAGAAGUCCUCAGAGUCACUCCCUCGUUGUAUGAGGCGCUUGGCGAGAUCAUCAAGUUCAGCCCCCACAAGGCCUUGUGGAUUGAUCAAAUAUGCAUCAAUCAAGAUGACUUGGAAGAAAAGGCGGAACAAGUCUCCAAAAUGAGCAUGAUUUAUGACAAGGCCGAAACAGUCCUUGCAUGGUUGGGACCAGCUAUUGCGUCCACUCCUUUGGCCUUUGACUUUGUCAAAAAAGUGGGCGACAUUGCCCUCCCCAAGGCUACAGACAUGUUUCGAUGGGACGCAUACGCCGACGACGGAGAGCACGAGAAGACAAAGCUUGAGCGAGUUGAGAAGUUCACCCAAGAACAGUCUCUCGAGUUGGGCAUCCCUUUCGACGACGAGACCUCAUGGGACGCCUUUUCUGAAUUCUUUGACCGACCCUGGUUCCAACGCAUGUGGACUGUACAAGAAAUCAUCCAAGCUCGCAAGGCCAUUGUCGUCUGUGGACCACACAGCCUUCCUUGGGAGCACGUCAGCGCAGCAGCCAGGUGGUUCUGCCACAAAGCCAAAGCCAUCCACGAUAGGAACAGUCGCAAGGUGGAUGGCAUGUGCCUCGUCACCCAGAUGGUUGCAAUCCCAUGGCGUUCCAAAUCAGGCAGUGAAUACAUGCCUCAGCUCUUUGGCCAGAAGACGCGGCCUACAUGCAGAUGGGCGUUACGGGAUCUUCUUGAACGUCUGCGACCUCGUCAAGCCACGGAUCCUCGAGACAAGGUAUUUGCCCUAGUUGGUAUUAGUGAAGAGGAUCGCCGCUUCUGGGGCGACAAGGGCGUGCGCAUUGACUACUCACUCUCUGUCGAAGAGGUUUAUGCCCAGGCAACCGAGGAGAUCAUCAAGUCAGAGUUCAUGGAUGGUCUGGACACCAUAUGGUCUGCCCGACAGCGGAGUGAAGUACCAGGAUGGCCAAGCUGGGUCCCCGAUUGGAGAAUGGAGACUGGUUAUGGCUGCACUUGGGGAAUCGGUCAACCGUUCAAGGAAACCGAGGGUGACAAGGGCAAACACACCUUUAUUCCCACAGAAGAGCCCCUUGCUCUCGCGGUUCAGGGCAAAAUCAUAGGCCGCGUCACAUACAGAAGCCAGUACCGCCAUUUCGGAGAGCUUUUCCAAAAUAGUCGACUUCGAGAGGUGUACAAUGACUGUAUGGACCGGCUCAAGUCAUAUCCAACUGGAGAGGAAGUCGAAACCGCAUUCGGCCUUACGCUCAUUGGUGGUCUUCCAUUGACCAAGACAUUGCAGCGCAAGAACAUCACAACGGAGACGUACACGGAAAAGUAUAUGAACUUUUACGACGUGACGCAAAUGUCAAGGGAGACGCCGGAACAGGAUGCUGCCCGCAACGAAAUAUUACAGACAUUCUACAAGCUCGGGUUCGACUUGAGCUGGAUUCAAGAAGUCAUGGACGCCUACUGUGAGCGAAGAUUCUUUGUCGCAGACAGUGGCCACAUGGGACUAGGUCAUCACGAAAUGUUGGAAGGGGAUCUGAUUGUGGCUGUUGUUGGUCUCAGGUGGCCUUGUGUGCUGAGGCCUAAGAGUGAGAACCAUGAUGACGGUUUCAAGUUCAUCGGGGAGGCGUAUUGCCAUGGCUUGAUGAAUGGAGAGGCGAUUCAAGAGCUCCCCAAGGACGAGGAGGACAAUUACAUUGGGCAGCUGAUCCUUCUUAAGUAA